CCCAGGUGGAAGACUGUAGUUUAUAUCGACGUAGAGAAGGAACUGUCUAUGGUUGAAACAGAAAAGGAACUACAACGCUUUCAUUUUAAUACUUUUAAUACAAAUCUUUUUAAUUGAAGUUUGAAACCAUGAGGAUUUUAAGAGUGGCGUUUCUGCUCGUUCACGCCUUCGUGCUGUCGAGAUUGGUGAACGGCGCUGCGGUUGACCGGUAUGACGAGAGCGCGAGGCCUCAACAACAUACGUCUGUAAUAAACCUGUUGGAUGUGAGUAACGACAACCGGAUAGAAGAGGACAACGCUGUUGUAAACAGGCCAUCAGUGACCCUGGAGUACGAUGAAGAAGAUGAUGAGGAAUACUAUGAAGAUGAGGAGGAAGAUUAUUUGUCUGGGGAUUAUGAAAACGGAUUACCCCGAGUUGCAUUUUCAAGCAAACCCCAAAACCCAUCCACCAUUCUGAAUGCAGAGAGGCCUGAGGGGAAGAUAAGGAGAGGAAAGGGACAGAAGAGGGGGAAAGGCAAGGGAAAGAAGAGGAAUCCCUGCCUGAAGAAGUAUAAGGAUUACUGUAUCCAUGGCACCUGCCAGUACCUGAGGGAUAUUCGUGAACCAUCUUGCAUAUGUCAUCACAGUUAUUCUGGGCAUCGGUGUGAGUUCUUCGCUCUGCCGGUGGGGAAGGUGGAGGGGGGCUACAACAGGACCACAGCUCUGGCGGUGGUGGCAGUGGUGCUGUCUUCCCUCUGUCUCACCAUCAUAGGCCUGCUGUUGGCACUAAGGUUUCACAAGCGAGGGGGGUACGACGUCGAGAAUGAGGAGAAGGUCAAACUGGGAUCGGCUCCUAACCACUGAGGGCCAGGAAAGAAGGGCAAGGAUACAGAAAUUCUACCUCAAAAUAGAAAAGAACAGAGAAGAGCGAUGCCUAGAAGAACCCAGAAGGACAGUGACUGUUUGGCCAGAAGGGAACCACGGGCCUAGCACAUGAGCCACCUUCCCACAAGUGACGGCCCUAUCAGAUCAAACAUGGGUGGUUCAGGAUUCCCACAGAGGAUUUGUAACCUGCUAGAAAGGAGCCUGCAAAACUGGAACACUGCUUGGUGCAGAGAAAGUACUGGAUACAUGAUGAGGAUAUGGACAAUGAAAUGGAGAGAAACAUGGCUGAACUCAGUGCUGCUUCUUGGCUGUGUUUGAACUAUAGGAGAUCCAGACUCAAAGGAUACGGCUUCCAUUCUCCCCCACCAACUAGAGAGGACAACCUGUAGUAUUUGUAUCAGCCAGCAUUUUAUAUUUUUCUGCACUUGUUUGUCAUUUUCUAGUGUACUGUAAAACCUUCUAUUUAUACCCUCUAUCUUUUAAUUUAUUUAUUUAAUAUUUUGCUGUAUUUAUGUUCAACUGCUUCGUCCACACAAAUGCACUGUCCGAUUAAAAAAAUGACGUAUUUUUUAUAUUUAAUGUUAGAUCAUAAUAUUUAUUGAUGAGAUGUAGAUAUAUCUGCAGCAUAUCAGUAUGCUUAUGGAGAACUGAAAAAUAAAUUCUAAAUACAGUCCUUCUGGUUACGUAGGUUUAUUUGAUUACUGAUUCUGGCAACCCGUAUAGAGGUUUCUAUACCACUGUGACUGAUUGGAUUAUCUGUUGAUGACUGUUUUUAACACCAGCAAUGUUUACUAUCCCAAUGUAACACUGACGGGUCAAUGUAAGCCAUUAUGACGUUGUUGCAUUGGACUUGUGUUGAAAACUGUUAACUUGUUGCCCAACUGUAACUAAACCUACACGUGUGGAUAUUUGAAGUCGGCAUGCAUUCUUAUUGCUCUCAUGACACAGAUCUUGUCUUACAAUGGUUAUAGAACAGAAAAGGUAGUUCCCCACUCAGUAUGAUACUGUGUAGACACACUGAGGUCCAUGUUAAGCUGUUAAUUAAAUGUGAAUUCAAGUGUACAGCCUUUUCAAAACGUCCUGGAACCUGCCAGUUUGAAGUGAUUUAGAGUCAAAAUGUGUAUUUGUUUCUCAGUAAGAAAUAAUUAAUAAAUAAAAGAAAUCUCUGAA